GAGCUUUCACGUUACGCGGAGGACCUGCAGGCCUCGCUUGCAGUGCAGCUUCUGUGAACGAAGCUUCAGCUUCCAUAGGCUUCCGUCGAAGGAAGGCUCGCAGAUGGGUCAGGGACUCUGGAGAAUUGCUAGAAACCAGCAAUUGCAACAGCAAGGAUACAGUGGACAAGGUGAUCUUACCAGGGACCAUGGUAGGAGGAUACCUGCUAACAAUGUUUCCAAUACAAGCCAUCGCAAACAAGCCCAAGGCGGCAUUGACAUCUAUCACCUGCUGAAGACAAGAAAAUCUAAAGAACAAGAAGGAUUCAUUAACCUGGAAAUGUUGCCUCCAGAGCUUAGUUUUACCAUUUUGUCAUACCUGAAUGCAACUGAUCUCUGUCUAGCAUCAUGUGUCUGGCAGGAUCUUGCUAAUGAUGAGCUCCUCUGGCAAGGGUUGUGCAAAUCCACUUGGGGUCACUGUUCUAUAUACAAUAAGAAUCCGCCUCUAGGAUUUUCUUUUAGAAAAUUGUAUAUGCAGCUAGAUGAGGGCAGUCUCACCUUUAAUGCCAACCCUGAUGAGGGAGUCAACUACUUUAUGUCCAAAGGCAUACUAGAUGAUUCACCGAAAGAAAUAGCUAAGUUUAUCUUUUGCACAAGAACACUGAAUUGGAAGAAGCUGAGAAUCUAUCUUGAUGAAAGGAGAGAUGUUUUGGAUGACCUUGUGACGCUGCACAACUUCAGAAAUCAGUUCUUGCCAAAUGCACUGAGAGAGUUCUUCAGACACAUUCACGCUCCUGAGGAGCGUGGGGAGUACCUUGAAACUCUCAUAACAAAGUUCUCUCACAGAUUCUGUGCUUGUAAUCCUGACUUGAUGAGAGAGCUUGGCCUUAGCCCUGAUGCAGUUUAUGUACUGUGUUACUCUUUGAUUCUACUUUCGAUUGAUCUAACAAGCCCUCACGUGAAGAACAAAAUGUCAAAGAGGGAAUUCAUCCGAAAUACGCGAAGAGCUGCACAGAAUAUUAGUGAAGAUUUUGUAGGGCACCUUUAUGACAACAUCUACCUUAUUGGCCACGUGGCUGCCUAAAAGCACAAUUUGCUAGCACUUAAAAUUUGUAAUUUUAAAAAACUACAUCAAUUCAAGAUAUUAAUUAUUUUGUAGAGAUGGGGGUUAUUUUAGUGCUGGUCAUUCUAACCUCUGUAUGCAAUCAAAGUUUGUGUGUGUAAGUGUGUGUAUGUGUAAACUACCUUUUCUAUCUAUUUACUGUGGGAACAGGAGAAUUUUUUUUUUUUCAUGAUUUUUUUUUUAGCUCUGCACAAAACAAUGCCAUUAGUCUGACACAGCCAUUUAUGAAUGUUAAACUGACAUUACAGUCUAAGCUGAAAAAGUGGUGAAUCUGUGCAUUAGAUCUGCUUGAAACUUUAAUAAGCUCAUUCUUUUUAGAAUACCAUGUAAUGUGUAUAUAUUUAACUAAAGAGAUUUAUAAUCAUAAUUAUUUUAUUGUAAAGAAUUUUAACUAAAAUUUCUCCUUUUAUCUCUUAAAUUAGUGUUUGACUUUCGUUUGCAUUCUUUUUACAAUGCUGACUACCUCAGAUACUUAAGUUAGAGGAACAUUGGUCUGAACAAUAAAGUUUAUUCUAGGAGAUAAUAGAACACUUGUAAAAUAUCUAAGCUGGUAUUUUAUACUAUAUUUAUUAACUUGAAUCAGCAUGUUGCCAAUCUGCUAUUCACUCAAUUUUAAGGAUUACAGGCUCUGUUUUAGAUGAAUCCUGAUGCCAUACAGGGGUAGCCAGGGCAAAUCAUGCAGUGUACAGAGAGGUUUACGUUAUUUACAUGCAUAACUUCUUUUGCAGAUACCAGUUUUUGAGAAACAGGGCAACUACAAUCACCUAUUCAGCGCAGUAAGCAAGAAAAAAUCUGAACAGGGAAAGUGGUAGGAGUGAGUAACAUGUUGCUGCUUUCAACUGGUUUCCUCGGUCGAGAAGUGUCAGUGAUGGAAAUGCCUUGGCAAAUUUAUACCAGAUGACUUGUUGCUAAAGCUGUUAAAAACUGACGCUGCAAGAUUAGAGCAGUGACUGUGCAGGAUUGGAGAGCUGCUCUUCAGAGUCAGAUACUGAAUUACUUUCUAAAUCUAUCAUGUAGCUAGAUUUUAGACAGCUCUAAAUUUAAGGAAAUACUUCAAAAAUUAGUUGUGUCUUGACAUUUUCUGAAGUGUGGAGAUUAGCAAUAGAACUGCUGUUCCGUGUGCAGGAAUUGAAUGAGGAUUUGCCUAGUUUUUGUUCAGACAACUCACGGAGCAGUGCUUCUCUUAAGUUGACAUAAAUGUAGUUGAAGAGCUGUUCCUGAUUAUGUAUGUUUACAUAAUAUUCAGCUGUCAGUAGCACCUGGAUACAUCAUGGUAACAAGUGUAUUCUUUUUCCCUACCAUACCAUGAGGUGAGGUGGGAAGGUAUUCUUAAUCUGUAGGACAGAACUAAUCUAAGUUUUUAUGUAGAAAGCCUAUUGCAGACAAGAAUUUAAUUCAGGAAUGACCCCACAGCCAUGCACUUUGCCUAUGCUGCUGCUUUCUGUUUGGCACCUAGGGAGUGUUACGUUUAUUUUAGAUGUGAGAAGGGCAGUCCAUACAAGGGCUACAUAAAUGAUGGGUAGAAAAAGAUGUAGCUAUUACUGCUAUUUCAGGUGUUUAUAGCUCUGCUCCACAAACUGAAAUUCAUGCAGAAGUACAUUUUUAUUAUGUUACCUUUAAUCUAGUGUAAAUGCAUUGCAUUUAUGUAGCAUACACAGCCAAAGCCAGGAGCCAGCAGUAUUGUGGCCAUGUUCCAGACAGGUUUACAGUAUCACUUGCCUUGCUCAGGAUAACUACUCCUCACCCAUUGUUGUUUCAUGUAUUGCAGAAAGUCCAAGGAUGCAUUCUGCAGUGGUCAAUUAAUCUCAAACACAAAUUAAGAGUAUAUGGUACAGUGGCGAGCUUUGUUCAAGGCAUAGGUAUCUGCUCCUGUAUUACAGAAAAAAAAAAUGGAAACUUUAAAUGUAAUUUGUAAAACCAACUAUAAAGCACAAGUGUCUCUGGACUCUUUUAAGUGAUCUGGACACAGCAAAAUUUAGUCUUCUAAGAAACGCUCCUCAAAGGUUACACACUUUAAAAGAAGAAUUCAGUGAAUUUUGAAAUUAGAACUUUUCUUGUUAGAAAAUAUUUUCUCCUCAAACCACAAACGCAGAGCAAGGCUUAAUUAUCUUCUGACUUAUUCGUAGGUUAACAUUAGUGAUAGUUAUGAUUUUGCACUAAUAAGAAAGAGAGUAUGAAUUUAGAGUCUGCUUUUCUCUUAAUUUCCAGUUACCUUAUACAGAACAAAGCCUUCAGGCAGACAGGAAAUGUUUUUUUCUGGAAUAGAUGGGUACAUCUAUUAGCAAGGUUUAGAAAACUUCAAGCCCAGUGUCACAGCCAAGAAGAUAAAUUAGAAACAGGAUGAUACAAUUCAAGUUUCCGUAAGACAAGUCCAGGGGAAAACAAAACCCUAAUGACAUGCAGAUAACAGCAUCCGAUCUUCACAACAGGAUUUUGAACAGUGUUAGAGGAUUAGCACCCAACUCAUGCUGUACAUUAUGUUACUAACACAGAGUGGAACUGAAAACAGCAAUCACAACAUGCCACGUGUGAAUUCCCUCAGAGGCAACCACAAAACAACUAAUGAAUACAGACAUUUCUUCUGUCUUUUUUCCAGUUUGGGUCUAGCUCUAAAGUGGCUGAGAAGUAAUUUUUUACAUGAAGGUAAACAAUUUUUUGUCUUAAAAGGAGAAAAAGAGUCUUAAUCAGGUGUAAUAGUACUCUUAAAAAAAAUGACAAAAAUUAUCUUGGUUGUCCUCAAAAAACUUUAAAAAAAACAAAGUUUAGGGCAGUGUUCUCUUCAAUGUCUCCAUGCAUAGUUUAAAAUAACGAUACUUCAUUGAUCCAAGUGUCACUAAGUGAUGUGGAAAAAGCUACUUAAUCAAGCACUUCAGAAGAGUUAGGCUCAGAAACUCAAGCCAAAUUACAUGAGCAUGAUCAUGUUUAUAGCUGCAAAGUGAUUCCCAAGCUAUUGUGAUUCCACUGCUGCAUGCCCUUUGAACUUUGGCCACGUGGUGUUGCCUUAACUCUCAACUGUAUGCACUGUACACAGCACUGAAGGAAGAGGUGAACCUGCAGCCCGUCCCCUGCAAACAUUCGCUGUUCUGUCCUGAAAGACACUGGAAUUGUUCUGAACGGCCCUUUCUGAAAGUUUGCUAACUUCAGUGUACACAGAUGUGGCAGAAGGAAAAUUUUUCUGUUUGUGUCAGGAAAAUGAGUGUACCUGUGUCCAUGUAAAGUGUCACUCAAAUGCAGCUCAUGUUUGCUUUUAUUAAAGUCUGAGGCUCUGAUUGCAUUUAUUGAAGGAAUAUGGCAUAUAUUAAAUAUUCACAUGGCUUAGCUAUAGACAGCAUCUGAUGUUAUGUUUUCUCAAACUCUGUUUCUGUCUAAAAUACUUCCCAUUCAAACUCUAAACAACACAUUUAUACAGCUUUGACUUUUAAAAUAAAUCAAAGCUGCUGCAACAUACAGAAGCCCAAACAAAUAUAAAUUUGAGAUGUGUUUUUUCAUUUUCAAGCACAUGAGAAAUUUGCAUUUUAGGAAGAAAAAUUAAAUUUGUUCUCUUUAACCUUUCCCUUCCACCCCCUACACUGGGAAAAGAAAAAAUGUAAACAGUUUCAAAAUACAGCUUUAAGAAAAUAAACUGACUAGCUGGACAAAUAAAUGUUAGUAUUUUUUCUUCAGUAUUCUGCAGUUUAUUAAUGUUCUUAACAAAAAUAAAUUUAUCAAUAGGAAUUGCUUUUUUUUGAAGUGGUAAUAUUUUUGUUCUCUGUUUAAGGAUGUCAUUGUGCAAUCUGAUAUUGUUAAUAGCUCUGUUUUUAGAAGACAAGUCUUAUUUUAAGCACUUAAACAAAAUUGAGAUGUAUCUAUUUGAUCAUGUUAAAAUGUCAAAAUUAUAAUAAGUAUUCGGGAAAAUCAGAUUUUCUUGCCCUCUAUUGAAUUAAGACUUUUUUUUCUUUUCAGUUAUUUCAUGGAUGCAUUAAAACUAAUAAACAUUAAGGCUGUUGACUUGUUCUCUGCCAUUGUAAAAUCUCCCACUCUAAGCGCAAAAGCACUAUUAAAAUGGGCAAAGAACAGGUAUAAACUAUUUCCUGUGUCUCACACCAGCACAUUAUGGUUUCAUUUUGCCUUAAAGAGAAAUACAGACUUUUAUAAUCUGCAUGUAAGAGUGAUUUUAGUAAUUUAAAAUUUUAUGUGAUAAUCUAAUAUUACUUAUGAGAUGUUUAAAGUUCAGACUUGCCAUGUGUAAUUAAAUCAUAAUCAAUUAGCUAGGAUUAGUUAUGGAAGUGUGUCUGUAAAAAACCUAAGAGAUCACAUUGUUCCUUUGUCACCUCAGUGUUUUUGCUAAUAUUAAUGUUAGUAAAUUUGCAGUUUUUCUUUCUUAUUCAUGUAAAUAUGUGUAGAGAAAAUAUUUAAACAGAAUACUCCCACUUCCUAUGUGAAAUUUACUUGCAUUAAAAACAAAUUUUCUGUACUUAAAAUAUGAGAAAAGCAAAAAACUUCACUGAAAGAAAAAAGAGGCUCCUGAUUUUCAGUUGUGUGGUUCACUGAUAGACCCUAAUAAAGAAAACAAGCAAAAAGCACUUUUCAGAUUCCUAGAAAUCAAAAAAAAAAAAAAAAUGCAUUUUUUUAUGCUUAAAAAUAAUGUAUGUGUACCUAACAGAAAUCAAGCAUGUUUUUGUGAAAGCAGUGCAGUCAGGAUACCAGUUAUUUUCAGAGAGAGUAUUCAUUUGUAAAAGUUAGCUUUUUUCUUGGCAGUGUUGGAGUGGAAUGUUGGAUUUAAUUUAAAAUGAUUAAUGAGAUUUUGUCAGACUCCCUGCCUUUACCACCACUGCAGUUUGUCAGCACAACAACCUGGGAAACCCGGACGCCACUCUGUCGCCCAAAACUGCUUUCCAGGAAAAAAUAAACCCGAGUAACUAGUGC